AGAGAUACUACAACUGCACGGCCUCAUUUGCAUCUCGAUCUGUUUUGAAGUCAAGGGCAGUUGAGCGUGGCGGAGGGAAAACGAGCUCCCAAAAUUUUCAGCGCAGAAUCUCAACUUGAAAGGGUAGUGAGCUAAAUCAAAGAAUCCAACCAACUAACUACCAAAGGUUAGUAGUGCGUUUACGAAUUAACUGUUCACUGGUUCCAGACUUUGUCAUUACCAUAAAUUGAAUUCAUCAUAUUACUCUUGAAGAGUUUAGAAAUUUAUAAUUCACAAUUCUUAUCUACUGAGCAUUGCAUUUGUGGUUGUGCACUGUGUUGGCUCGGCACUACUAUAAGGGACUUCGGGAGAACAGCUCGCUGUUUUAUUUAUGGAGUAUCAGCAUUUAUUUUCUUAAUCCAGUGAAGCAUUUAUUCAACGAGUGACUUGCUUGUUUUAUCUCACUCAGUGCAUCUUUAUGUCAGUGUAUGAAUAGAUAAGAGCACUCGGAUGGCCCUAUUUUACUUAAAGACAGCAGACAUAUUCUGUUUAUUCUUCUGUUAACCGGUUCGAGAAUCAAACGAUAACCCUUCGCAUUUUACAGAGACCUAGAACUCUCUUUAUGAAGGCCGUGAAGGUUUUUAACUUUUAAAUGAUAGGUGGCCUGUUUUCUAAGGUCACGAAUCUGACGAGUCUUGACUACCGUGGUGACGAUGAAUAACUGAAAUUCAACUACAGAUCAAAGCAGUUUGUCGAAACCUGUGUUAGGUUACAAAAAUUCGGACUGAUGCCUAACUAUAAGCUGUUCAGCAGCGCAAGAAAAGACCUUGAAUGAUGAACAGGCAUUGGCUGCAGCCACACUUGGGACUUAACCGAGUUAUUUCCAAUGAACUAAUUAAAGUUAACUCGGAGUGAGAGUUCUAACCGGGUUAUGCAAAUCAAGCAAGAACAAUAUAGAUUUUCUUAACCGAGUUAGGGACGGACAUCAUUAGAAAACUUAUGGGAGGGGGGGGGGGCGAAGUACAAAAAAAAUAUUCGCGCAAGGGAAAAUUAAAUGAGAAAAAUUCAUGCACGCCAAUUAACCCUAAAACAUAUUCAUUCUACGGCCUAAGAAAAAUUCAUACAAGGAAUUUGAUAAAGAAAAAAAAAUUCCUGCGGCUCAAAAAUUCCCCGCCCCCUCCCAUAACUUUUCUAAUGGUCCGUCCCUUAGGUUUUUUUAUAAUAAACCACCUGGCGAGGUAAUACGUACUAAGUUGUAGUUAAAACAAACAUGUGAUCAUACGUGUCCAUGGUAUUAAAUGUACUAGCUCCACCAGUGUUAACCUGAUUAUACUUUCGUCUUGUAUCUUGACAGCAUAUUGCCUUCUAUUGCUACCGACAAAGGUCUGCUAUAAGCCUGAUAUGGAAACAUGCUGGAGAAGAUCCUUGUUAACGAUAAUCUUCUUUCUCGCGGUUUUGCAGUAUCCAGUUAUUGGUGAGAAUUCAUAGGAUAGAAUAAGGCAUUCUUGCCUCCAGAUUAACCGGAUUUCACGUACAAUAGACCAAUUUCCAAUUUAGUUAAAUUCAAAUUUAGCCCCUAGGCUUGGGGAAUAUUAAAAACAAAAGAAAUGUAUUAUUCAUUGCUGAACCUGAAGAUGAUUUCUUUUGUUUUAUUCCCUUUUUUAAGCCUCAGAGCCAAGAAUGAACUUUAAUUUAUCGAAAUGGGUCCAUUCCCUUUUUUCGAAUGGCCCGUAAUUCACUCUGUUUGCCCCCCCAUAACAAUAAACCACAUUGUUCCCAAAUCCUCCAAUCCUCCAGCAGGACUGCAUAUUCUCAAGAUUUGAGGAACAAACAGAAGCUAACAGAGUGUAUUAUGGGGGAUUUGAAAUCAAUCAAUCUAUCAGUAAUACAGAACAAACUUUAUUUUAAGAGUCCGUGAGACAUUUCCAUGGUGAUGAAACUAUCAUAAGAGCCAAGGAUUAACGGCAAGACGCGAUUUCUACAGUAAACGCCAAUAGAGUACUAAAGUGUGACGUCAUAAAAUGAAAUUUCUGAAAUUAUGGGAUUUGUCAGGAUAUUCUGAGAGAACAAUGUCCAAGAGGCCUACUCACCAAAAAUGAGCAUUUCGGGGCAAAUUGUCUCUGAGAUCGUAGCCCAAUUAUGCUUAGUUUACUCCAUACAAACCCCUCUAAAAUUUUUUGGGUCGUCCCCAAAAAAAUUUAGAAGGGUUUGUAUGGAAUUUUCUGAGUAUAACUGGCUAACAUCUCAGAGACAAUUUGCGCCGAAAUGCUCAUCUUUGGCGAGUAGGCCUCUUGGACAUUGUUCUUUCAGAAUAUCUUGACAAAUCCCAUAAUUUCAGAAAUUUCAUUUUUAUGACGUUAUCACUUUAGUACUCUAUACCAGGAAAUUGUUUCAAAUAAAAAAUACACGUACAUUUGAAUUUCUCUUUCUUGUGUAAUUACGUAGCUAUGGAAUAGUAAAGCGUAUAUUCUACCUCUCUUUGCUCAGAUCGAGGCUAACCUAAACUUGGAUUAUGGAUGGUAUUAUUAAUAUCAUUUGUAUUAUUAUAAUCAUUAUUCUUAUUAUUACCCAAGGGAGUAAAGAACGUUUUAACAUGACGUCAAGGCGGCCAUGUUAGUGUACUAAGAAAAUCCUCUGGAAGUUGAACUCUUCUCUUAUGUAAACGUGUUUUUUGUUCAAUAAAUUAGCAGAGCUGCUCAGCGGCUGCUCGCCACAUGAGUGAAAACGCUCCAUACUUUCUUGCUUCACAUUGAAACAUUAUAAUUAUCUUUAUUUUUAGGACGAAUUUGUUAUCACUGUGACUCACGUAAUGGAAAUUGUCCUGAGGACUCUGUUAAUGGCACAAAGAAGACAACUUGUGCAGAUGGAAAUAACUUUUGUCAGGUGGUCAAGGAUGGUAGACAUGCUGAACCUCGCUUCACUCGAGACUGUGUUAAUGAAUGCGACGACGAUUACAUUGACUGGAAAAAAGAUGGUGAAGAGUAUUGCCGCACGUGUUGCGAUGAAGAUGCCUGUAAUGUCGGUCGCUGUACAGCGGUUGCUUAUAAGCUGUCUUGGUUGCUUUCCAUCUUAAGUGUAAUCGUCACUUUUGGCAUUAUUUUGUUUUUCUAAGACUGUACUGCAGUUUGCAACGAUGGCGCAUAUUUACUCACGUGACUGGCAGCUAUAUGCAAAUAUUGGAACCAUAGAAAGGACACCGGCAUGACAAUACAAGUUGAGAGGGUUGCUUAGGUGAAUCGGGAGAUCACCAUCUUGUGUAGCUUCAGUGAUAUUUUCUAGCCAUCUGACAAUAGACAGGAUGUAGAUACUAAAAUCAAUCUCUUGAUAAUCUAGCUUGCACGUGAACCCGUUAGGACUAAGUAUCACUAGUAUAAUAUCUGUAAUAUAGCUACAGUAUGUCCACACUCUGCGGUAUGAACGACAACGGCCCGCAACGUAACGGAAAAUCGUGCGGGCGCGGUUUGCGCAGAGGGUUUGGAGCACUAAAUUCUAGUCCUCACUCGUGAAUAUUUACUUCCCUCUCAGUGGGUUCCAGGCCUUGCUCCUACUUAGAGAGUUUUCUGUCUGGAACGGCAGCAAACAUAGUCAAGAAAGACUAGCUUUCUCUCCAAAACGUCACAAAUCCCUUUUUUCUAGGCCUUUUUUUCGCCUAGACAGAUAAGAUGAAGAAAAAAAAAAAACCAUGGACUAACCCCUUUUGAGAAAAGCAAAAUU